AUGUUUAAAGUUAAGGAUCUGCUGCUCUUGCCGUCAACCUUCGAUGAUCCCAUUUUUGGAACCCAUCUGCGAUACUUCCAACGGUACGGAUAUGUGGCCUCCAAGGAUCAAAAUAGGCCUUGGCUAAGUCUCAUACGGUGCACCAUUUUGACGGCUUCAAUUUGGCUAAGCUGUGCUUUAAUGCUGGCCAGAGUGUUUCGUGGUUAUGAAAACCUCAAUGAUGGGGCCACAAGUUACGCCACCGCAGUCCAGUAUUUUGCAGUAUCCAUUGCCACCUUUAAUGCCUACGUGCAAAGAGAUAAAGUAAUAUCCCUUCUGCGCGUGGCCCAUUCGGAUAUCCAGAACCUGUUGCUCGAGGCAGAUAGCCAGGAGAUGGAACUCCUGGUCGCCACUCAGACUUAUACCCGCACCAUCACCCUGUUGAUCUGGGUGCCUUCGGUCAUUGCUGGCCUAAUGGCCUACUCGGACUGCAUCUACAGGACUCUAUUUCUGCCCAAAUCGGUUUUCAAUGUGCCUGCAGUGCGACGUGGUGAGGAGCACCCCAUUCUGCUCUUCCAGCUGUUUCCCUUCGGAGAACUUUGCGAUAACUUCGUGGUUGGAUACUUGGGUGCUUGGUAUGCUCUGGGGCUAGGGAUCACCACUAUCCCAUUGUGGCACACCUUUAUCACUUGCCUCAUGAAGUACGUAAACCUCAAGCUGCAGAUACUCAAAAAACGGGUGGAGGAGAUGGAUAUUACCCGGCUUAAUCCAAACUUGGAAAUUAAUCGUCUUACUGGCAGUGAGUUAACUUUCUGGCAAAUGCAACUCUUCAAGGAAUUUGUUAGGGAACAACUAAGGAUUCGAAAAUUUGUCCAGGAACUACAGCAACUGAUUUGCGUGCCGGUGAUGGCAGAUUUCAUUAUCUUUUCGGUUCUCAUAUGCUUUCUCUUCUUUGCCUUGACAGUUGGCGAAGUUCCAAGCAAAAUGGAUUACUUCUUCAUGUUCAUUUACCUGUUUGUGAUGGCUGGAAUUCUGUGGAUCUAUCAUUGGCAUGCCACGUUGAUUGUUGAAUGUCACGAUGAACUGAGCCUUGCUUACUUUUCUUGCGGAUGGUACAACUUCGAAAUGCCUUUGCAGAAAAUGCUCGUUUUUAUGAUGAUGCAUGCCCAAAGGCCAAUGAAGAUGCGCGCCCUGCUGGUCGAUUUGAAUCUGAGAACCUUCAUCGACAUUGGCCGUGGAGCCUACAGCUACUUCAAUUUGCUGCGUAGCUCCCACUUGUAUUAGGGGGAAAGCCUUUUCUUUAGGGCUAAUCAAAUGCCGUUGCGCCUGUCAACUCGUUUGGCUAACAUGACAGUAAACAAGCCAUGCAAUUCAUUUUGCCCGG